AUGCAAUCGUCGCGAGCUCGCAGCCCCUCCCCGCUCCCCAUCCACGCUGCCGGCAAUGCUGGCACGCCAGCAUUACUGGGCACCUCCUCAAAUAUCCUUGAAUCCGGCCCGAGCCCCGAGCUCCGCCUUGGGAGUGAGCUCGACACGCCGGCCCCAGCCCCAGGGACGCCGGACCUGGGAUUUUGUCACGCAUCCUGCCACGACAAAGAGCGCGUCGUGGUAGGCGCCGUGCCGGCCGAGGAUCUGCCCGGCGACGUGAGCAGCAAGGGCUACGGCGGCAAGCAGCUGCCGCCGCCAGCGCCGCCGAAGCAGCAGCAGCAACCUGAUGUGGAGGCCGAGAGCGGGUGGUACCAGGAGGAGAUCGACGACGACCUCAAGCUGUGCUACGCUCUUAACAGCGUGCUGCACCGAGGGGCGAGCAAGUACCAGGAGAUCGUGCUCCUCGACACGAAGCAUUUUGGCAAGGCUUUGAUAAUCGAUGGGAAGAUGCAGAGCACGGAGAUGGACGAGUUCAUCUACCACGAGUCCUUGAUACACCCACCUUUGCUCUUCCAUCCAAACCCGGAGACAGUGUUCAUCAUGGGAGGCGGCGAGGGCUCUGCGGCAAGGGAGGUCCUGAGGCACAAGACCGUUCAAAGGGUGGCCAUGUGCGACAUAGAUCAGGAGGUAGUGGACUUCUGCCGAACGUACCUGACGGCGAACCGCCAAGCGUUCAGCAGCGAAAAGCUCUGCCUCAUCAUCAAUGACGCCAGGGCUGAGCUGGAGAAGAGCAAGGAGAAGUUUGACGUGAUAGUAGGAGACCUGGCAGAUCCAGUGGAAGGAGGCCCUGCUAUCAGCUAUGAAGGAGUGACGUCAAUUGUCGGCCUUAUUUCUUCAGCACCUACUGUUAACGGGAUGAUAAGGACCAUAUGUCAUCUUUUUAAGCCUGUAACCGUUUGCCAAUUACUUUGUGCCGCAGAUGUUCGAGCUUACACUGCCCAUGUUCCAUCUUUCUCAGACACCUGGGGUUGGGUCAUGGCCUCGGACCAUCCAUUCGAUCUCACUGCUCAGCAGAUCAACGAAAGAAUCAGAGACAGGGUCGAGGGAGAGCUCGCCUACCUGAGCGGGGAGUUCUUCAUUUCCUCCACCACAUUGAACAAGAGCGUUCAUCAGUCGCUGCUGAAUGAGACCCAUGUAUACACCGAGGAUGAUGCCAGGUUCAUCUACGGGCAUGGAAGGGCAUGUCGCGCUGUCAGUUCAUAG